UUAGGAUUAAGUUAGUGUUCAGUGAGCUCGAGAUAGCUGCCUGAGUCUUGGGGGCAUUAAUGAACACAAGUCCCAUGUCUUUCUUGGUUGGUAAACCCAACCGGCGCUAUCUUACAGCAGUGCUUGAUGCUUUUGAUCAAUAGAGCAGGAAGAGGUUACAUAGAAGAGGUUACAUAUGAUGAAAAAAAUGAAUAUCUUGCUUUUUUAAUUUUAAUGAUGCCCACCUUUUAUAUGGACGACGUGGGCGCCAGCUCACAGUCGUCCUUGCCCACUGUAAACCCCGAGCCCCCAGAGCCUCACCCGGACCCUGACCUUUCCCUUCCUUUACUGGAUGACAACACUCGUCGCGCCGAACUAGAUGAGCGCGCGGGGUUUCAUUUUGUGGAGUUGUCGGAAGAUAAGAAAGACAAAGUGCUAAAGGCACAAGUCCAAAUCGAAAGGGCCAUUGAGAAAGCUCUGCUCUCCGACGGGUAUUCCCGGGAUGAGCUUUCUCAAAGGAACAAACGAGAUGAGAUUCGGGCCUUUUUGUUCUACCCGAAGGGGAAACUUCUGUCGAUCAAAACAUACGAGUCUUAUGUGAAAGAAGUUGAAUUUGGGACCCACCGUAGCCAACCCUAUAAGGUUCUUAUAAAAGCCAUCUCUUCUUCCCAUCUUUUUUUACAGAAAGUCAAAAAAAUCAAGAGGUGGGAACGGGGGUGAAACAGAUUGGGCUCACAGAAUACUUCAGGGCUGGAGUGAAGAGCCACGCACCUGUCAGGAACUGUAUAAAAAAGGACCGAGAACUACAUAAGGUCUGAGACGGACUUCCUUGAAAAGAGGGAGACAAGUUAUGUAGGCUGUGGCCGUUCCGCGGUUGCUCGACCAAAGCCGGUCAAAGAAUUCUAUGCCUGGCCAGAAGCCAGAAGUGAAGUGAGCCUUACCAGCCAGAAGCCGAAGGAAAAUGAGACUAGCUAAGACGAGGGAAAGAGCGGCUAGCUGAUAGAGAUGGCAGAGCUCCUUUUUCACUAAGAGCUGCAAAGGCGAAUACCACUACCUUAGCUCCCUCCUUUGCUGAUAGAGCGCCAUAAAUCGGAUGCAGGGGGCCUAACCUAAGAAGAUCGGCAGAGGAGAGAUGGUUGAUAGCUUAGGUUUAGCAACUAAAUUGGGGAUGGGGAGCUCCUUUCAUAAUAUUGUAUAAUAAUGACAAGGCAAAAGAUAUGGGCUGAGUCUAGCUUGGGACGAGGCUUAGAGAAAGGUAGUUUGCGAGAGAGAUGGCCAGGCAGUUCUUAAGAUCAGCAACUCGGCGGAUAGAGAGCUUGAGCCCAAUGCAAUGG